AUGAGAAGUGGGAAAAGGCCUGCUGCAGAUAGAAUUAGCAGUUUGCCUUGUGAUGUUCUUGAGAAGAUUUUAGGAUGUCUGCCUUUGCAUUAUGCUGUAAGGACAAGUGUUUUGUCACGAGAAUGGAGGUACAAAUGGGCAGUACGUUCUGAACUAAUGUUUGAUGAUAAUGUUGACAAAGGACUCUUCCUGAAAACUAUUAUUUACCAAGUUCUGUUACUCCAUCAAGGACCACUACGUAAAUUUAGCCUCCCGGUCCCUAAAUACGUGCUUUUUCCUGAUAUUGAUAACUGGAUUAUGUUUCUGUCAAAGAAAAAUGUCCAAGAAUUCUCACUUAGAUUUUGUUACAGCGAGGACUUUCUUCUCCCUUCUCACCUAUUCAAAUUUCACGAUCUAAGGCACCUGGAGCUUUUAAGUUGUAAAUUCCGCCCUGCUCCCAACUUUAAAGCUUUUAGUAGGCUUGUUACCCUCGACUUUCGGUUUGUGACCUUCGAGCCUACAUCUUUUCAGACACUCCUUUCAAGCAGCCCAUUACUUGAACGUGUAAAAUUGAAGUGGUGCACUCAAUUUGAUAACUUCAUUGUUGAUGCCCCUCAUCUCAAAUUCUUUGAAUUUUACGGAACAGCAAGAUCUUAUUGCUUCAAAAAUGCCCCUCUACUUGAGGAAAUUAUAAUGGCCAGGGCUUGUCAUGAGAUUUCAAAGGUAAUUAUAAUUAUUGAGAAAUUUGACCGACGCAUUACUGGAUUUGCCCCGUAA